GAAGCGGGGCCGUGUGGAUCCGGCCGGCGUGAGUGGGCGAGUUUGGCUUGUGUAAGAUGGCGGCUGCGGCGGGCUUGGAGUUCCAGCGCGCCCAGUCUUUGCUGAGCACCGACCGGGAGGCCUCCAUCGGCAUCUUGCACUCCAUAGUGAAGCGUGAUGUCCAGGAGAAUGAUGAAGAGGCAGUGCAAGUCAAAGAACAGAGCAUCCUGGAACUGGGGAGUCUCUUGGCCAAGACAGGGCAGGCGGAAGAGCUUGGAGGACUUCUGAAGUAUGUGCGUCCUUUCUUGAACUCCAUCAGCAAGGCAAAGGCAGCCCGCCUGGUUCGGUCCCUUCUAGAUCUGUUCCUAGAUAUGGAGGCAGCAACAGGACAAGAGGUUGACCUGUGUCUUGAAUGUAUCGAAUGGGCCAAAUCAGAGAAGAGGACGUUCCUGCGCCAAGCUCUGGAGGCAAGGCUGGUUUCUUUGUACUUUGACACUAAAAGGUAUCAAGAAGCAUUGCAGUUGGGCUCACAACUUUUGCGGGAGUUGAAGAAAAUGGAUGAUAAGGCCCUGUUAGUGGAAGUGCAGCUGUUGGAGAGCAAGACCUACCAUGCCUUGAGCAACCUGCCAAAAGCAAGAGCAGCAUUAACCUCUGCCCGAACUACAGCCAAUGCGAUCUAUUGCCCACCGAAGUUGCAGGCAGCUCUGGAUAUGCAGUCAGGCAUCAUUCAUGCAGCAGAAGAAAAGGACUGGAAGACGGCAUAUUCUUAUUUUUAUGAGGCAUUUGAGGGUUACGAUUCCAUUGACAGCCCCAAAGCCAUCACGGCGUUAAAGUAUAUGCUGCUGUGCAAGAUCAUGUUGAACUCGCCUGAGGACGUGCAGGCAUUGGUGAGCGGGAAGCUUGCACUACGGUAUGCAGGCAGACAGACUGAAGCAUUAAAAUGUGUGGCACAGGCCAGUAAGAAUCGAUCACUGGAUGACUUCAAAAAGGCUCUGAAAGAUUAUAAGGUGGAACUCAGGGAUGACCCCAUCAUCAACACACAUCUGGGCAAACUCUAUGAUAACUUAUUGGAACAAAACCUAAUCAGGGUAAUUGAACCUUUCUCCAGAGUCCAGAUUGAACACAUAUCUAGCCUUAUCAAACUGUCAAAGGCGGAUGUGGAAAGGAAACUCUCUCAGAUGAUCCUGGACAAGAAAUUCCAUGGGAUCCUUGACCAAGGUGAAGGAGUCUUGAUUAUUUUUGAUGAACCACCUGUAGACAAAACAUAUGAAGCCGCUCUGGAGACCAUUCAGAAUAUGAGUAAAGUAGUGGAUUCAUUAUACAACAAAGCCAAGAAGCUAACAUAGAGUUGAGAACUGUUGGCUGUUGCUUUGGAGAGUUGGUGCGUGAAACCUUUGUGUGUGUCUGGGGGUGGGUGGGAGGCAAGACAAAAGGCUAGAAGACUGGUUGGGGGAUUGUUCCCCACCCCCACCCCUUUUGCUCUACUUCUCACUUGGAAAGUUUUAACACCUCCAUAUCUGAUCCAUCUUGUCUAUACGAUUGUGUGUUCCAGUUUCCAUGUAACCUUUUACUUGCUGAACUUUGUACUGGGAUAGGGAAAUAAUAAUGCUUAAAAAGUUUCUUUGGUGGGUGGGGGUGGGGGGAAAGAAGGAGUGGCAGUAGCCUAAAUAAAAGGAGAGAGGCUUACGCUACAUCUAAAAACAAGCAUGCUUCCCAUUUUCUUGAGGGUGGCAGAGGGGUGAGCUUAGUUUUUUUUGUAACUAUUAGGAAUCUAGCCACCAAAGGCUGCUCCAUAAAUCAAUAAAAUUCCUACACGGAAGGCAUUUCUCAUGUAUAUUACACCAUAACUUGUUCGUACACAGAUGUACAGGCACUGGGAAGUAAUGGCUGACUGCAACUUCUCAGCAUAAACACACAGCUAAAAAGGAAUUCCCUCCAUAAUAUUGCAUUCCAUGUAGGAAUUUUGUCAUCUGUUAAGUGGCCAAUUAGAAUUCAUGAGUGAUAUUAACCUUGUAUUCAGAAUUCUAAGACUUCAGGAUGCCAAAAUGAGAUGUUUGCUAACCCACAGCAAUCUUUAUACUACUAAAGAGUCAGUUAAAAAUAUUAUAGGCCUUCUUCAACCUUAAACAGUCCCUGUUGAAAUCUGAAGCCUUAAUAUAGGAGCCAGCUUGAAUACAUUUUUCCAUUAUAAUAAAAGGACAAGCUUUCAUUUUUGAACAGUGAUUGUGAAACCUUUCUGAUUCUGUACUGCAUGCUGUUUCUUCUUCUUCUUCUUCUUUUUUUUAAAAAAGGUAGUAUGUACCUGCUUUUUAACUUCACAAGAUAUGCUGUUGGAAGAACAAUUGAGCUUCCGUUCCCCAAACAGGACUGGAGAUGGAUAUUUCCAGCUGGCUAUUUUUGUGCCACCCAGAGGCUUUUUUAAAAACUUCUUUGCCACCACUUGAACAUCCAAAAUGAGGUGGAUGAGCCGUUCUACGGUGAGGCCAAGGUUGCGCAUUACACCAGCCAUGGGAAAGCCAUCAAAAACUGCAUUCCUGUGCGAAUUCUUCCCCCAUCCUUGUGGUGACAUCUAGGAGGAUUUGCCAUGUGAUCCAUUGUUAAAACCCUGAGUUUUCCCACUAACUGGCCGUGGUGUGCAUUGGGGCAGGGAAGAUUACAUAAAUUACACUAAAUUAGCAGCUGGUGCCACCAAUGCCAAAUCUGGCCUUCCAAAGUUGUCAACGCAGAGGGAAGAGAGGUGUGUUUGUGAGUAGCAGUGGCUGUGAAAUUUUCUGGCAGUCCACUUUCAGGGGUGGUAUUGGUGAGGGAUCCUGGUCCACACCUCCAUUACUUUCUCAAAAUGACCUUCCAUUAAAGCUAGUUACUGACCAUAGACAUUUCAGCAGGGAGGGAAGAACUUGCCACUUCAACACCAUUUUCAGUGGUUUCCCUGUGACAGGUGUAAAGUGUUUGCCUCUUAAGAUUACUUGGUUCAAAUCUGGGGGGAAAUUAGGGUGUUGUUCUGUGAGAGUCAGGGCACUGUUGACCCUGGCAUUAUGUCAUUGAAUGAUGAAGUUAUAGUUAAGGUGUUGCUGACAUCUGAGUAGUGUAACCUUCUGCGUCAUUGCACUCAUCUUCCAUUUCCUUUCUAUGCUUUUUCACACUUGUUUUGUCAAAUGAUUCUCCUAUACCACAGCAUAUGUUUGCAUUUGCAUGAACUAUCUUAACUGGACGAGUCUUCCUAUUUUUUUCAUACUGCUUUCUCCCCUUUAUUUUAUCCUCCCUGCACUGUAACAUUCUUUAACUUCCUCUCUGAUUCAGCCAGUCCAGGUGUUCUAGGGAGGUGAAUUUUUUGAUCUUGGGGGAGGGGUUUUGGCACCAUGAAUUUCAAAUGUACAAAUGGUUCACGCUAACACACACCAGGUAUAUCUGAUGUUCAGAUGGCAUACAAAUAAAAAAAUCUUUUUCAAAAAAA